GCGACCUUCCAGCGUGAUGGUCGCUCCGCAGGCGAUGAUUCUUCUGACGCUGCUCGCGGCGUCGCGCGCGCAGCAGCAGCAGCCGCCGCCCCCGCCCUUCCGCACGCAGCUGUUCGAGGAGCAGUUGCAACAGCAGCAGCUGCAGCUGGCGCAGCAGGCGAUGCAGCUGCAGCUGCAGGAUCUGCAGCGGCAGAUGCAAGUGUCGCAGAGCCCGCCGGCGCAGGCGGAGCUGCAGAAGCGCCAGGCCGAGCUGAUGCGCCGCAUCGAGGACUCGCAGCGGCAGCAGCAGGUGCUGCAGGACCAGCUGCAGGCGAGGCUGGGAGGGGCGCCGCCGCAGCUGCAGCUGCAGGAGCCCGUGCUCGUGGCGCUGCCUCCGGAGGACGAAGACCUCUCUCAGCGGCAGCAGCCCGUGGUCGUGUCGCUGCCUCCGGAGGACGAGGACCUCUCCCAGCGGCAGGAGCCCGCGCGGCUCCCGCCGGCGCCCGCCCCCCAGCCUCCGGGCCCCGGGCUGCUGCAGCCGCUGCCCGUGGUGCUGCUGGUGGAGGCGGCGCCGCCCUGCUCCACGCUGAGCGGCGAGGCGGGGCUGUGCCGCCCCCUCGUCAGGUGCAUCACCUUCUACACGGAGCUGCCCGAGCUGCGGCGCCAGCCGUGUCGCCUGCCGACCAGCGAGCCCGGCGUGUGCUGCCCGCUGAGACAGCGGCCCCCAGCAGUGGCGCCGGGACCCAGCAACGGCGUGCUGAGGGCGCCGCCGCCGCCUGCAGUGGUGAUCCCGCCGCUGUCGCCCCAGCAGCUGGACCACGCCGCGAGCCUGGCGCUGGACAGCGUGCGGCGCCGCCUGGAGUUCGUGGCGUCGCUGUUCGCGAACCACGUGGUGGUGCAGCCGGGCACGCCCGCCGCCUGGCACCAGGAGUUCUUCAUCACCACCAACGACACCCUGAGCGCCGGCCAGCAGGCCCAGAAGACCGUCGAGGCCAGCGUCAGCCUCGUCAACCAGUUCAACCUAACGGCUGACCAGGGCACCUUCGCGCUGCCCACGUUCAGCGUGCUGAACACUGUGAUCGCAGACACCUGCUCCCCCGCCGCCUCUUGCUUCCCCACCAAGUAUCGCUCCCCGGACGGCUCGUGCAACAACCUGGUGCACGACCGCUGGGGCAGCGCCGGCACUGCUCUCCAGAGGGUCCUCCCGCCCAAGUACGGCGACGGCGUGAACUCGCCGCGCAGCCUCGCGGCCAGCGGCAAGGAGCUGCCCAGCGCACGGCUGGUCAGCACGCAGUUCGCCAAGGACGUGGACCGACCCCACGAGAACUACACGGUGAUGGUGAUGCAGUGGGGCCAGUUCCUGGACCACGACCUCACACACACUCCCAUCAGCCGAGGCACUAACGGCUUCGGACUGUCGUGCUGCCGGGACGGCAAGGUGAUCAAUGCGACCCUCAUGCACCCGGACUGCUUCCCCAUCACGCUGCCCAACAACGACCACAUCUUCGCGCCGUUCGGCGAGCGCUGCAUGGAGUUCGUGCGCUCGCUGCCUGCACCCAGACCCGAGUGCAACUUCGGCCCCAGGGAGCAGAUGGACCAGAUCACGGGCUACCUGGACGGCUCCAACAUCUACGGCUCGUCCCUCGAGGGCCAGCGAGAGCUGCGGGAGAUGUCCGGGGGCCGGCUGAAGGUGCAGGACCUCAGGGGUCGGCCCAUGCUGCCCAAGAACGACGGAGAGUGUGUGGACGAGACGAACACACUCACGUGCUUCAAGGCGGGAGACAGCCGCGUGAACGAGCAGGUAGAGCUGGCAGUGAUGCACACCCUGUGGAUGCGCGAGCACAACAGAGUGGCUGGAGAGCUGGAACGACUGCACCCAGCCUGGAAGGACGAGACCUUGUUCCAGGAGUCCAGGCGCAUUGUGGUGGCUGAGAUGCAGCACAUCACAUACAAUGAGUUCCUGCCUCUCGUGCUGGGUCGGAACUACAUGGACCAGUUCGAGCUGGCGCCCAGGGACUCCAACUUCACGCGGCUGUACGACGAUGCUCUGAAUGCCGGCAUCACUAACGUGUUCGCCACCGCUGCCUUCCGCUUCGGGCACACACUCAUCCAGGGACACAUGAAGGGACUGAGCCAGUUCGGCACGGUGCGUCAGGACCUGUUGCUGCACCAGCAUCACUUCUCGCCCUUCGUGCUGUACAAGGAGGGUGCACUGGAUGACUUCGUGAGGGGCUUGUCCACACAAACUUGCCAGCGCUUCGACCGCUUCUUCUCUAGUGAGCUGACUGACCACCUGUUCCAAGGCGACCUCGACUUCGGCCUGGACCUGGUGGCCUUGAACAUCCAGCGAGGACGCGACCACGGCCUGCCGCCCUACGACGACUGGCGCGCCGUGUGCGGCCUGCCGCGCGCCUCCUGGGACCAGCUGCGGAACGACAUGGACCCGGCGAGCGUUGAGAUGUUGCGGCGGCUGUACGACGACGUGCACGAGGUGGACUUGUUCGUGGCAGCCGUGGCCGAGAAGCCGCUCCCCGGAGCCCUGAUGGGACCGACCUUCGUUUGCCUCGUGGGAGACCAGUUUGCGCGUCUGCGGCGCGGGGACCGCUUCUUCUACGAGGAAGGCGGCCAGCCGUCGUCCUUCACACACAGUCAGCUGCAGCAGAUCCGCAGGGCCAGCCUGGCGAGGGUGCUGUGUGACAACUCGGACGACAUCGCCGUGAUGCAGCCUCUAGCCUUCCUGCAGGCCUCAUUGUUGAACCAGAAGGUCGGCUGCGCAAGCGAGUCCAUACCUAAGGUGGACCUUAGCGCUUGGGCCAACUAGGCCGUGGCCAACCUCCGAGGCACCAUGUGACCACGCCUGACGACCAGAGACAGACCAGACUGCCUUGCGAGGAUAUUAGCCUCCUCCGUACUCAAGCAAUGUAUAAAUGUCAUUUGUGUGCAGAAUUAGAUGUAAUAAACUAUCAAAUAUUUGUAAGCUAAG